UUGCAAAGAACCUCCUAGCUUUCCCCAAGCCCUCCAUCGAAAGAGGGAAUGUGGUGGGGAAGGCAUGGCAAUAUAUAAAUAUGGGCAUUACUUUUGCCCUGCCCUUGAAGCUGAGUCUAAAGAAAGAGGAGGAAGGAACGAAAGCAAGGCAACGCAAUGCCGCCUGUAAAUAUUGCGCCUCAGGAGACGGCGGGGACACAUUGACAAACGGAGCACAAAGGCGAGCGCCUCAGAGCCUCGCGCUUCCGCUGUGUAGCCGGGAGGAGGGGAGCGGGAGAAGGUGGAGUUGGCGCCGGGACUUGGCUUCGCUCCCUCCCAACCCUCGCCUCUUCCCUCCCUCAGCGACUCAGGAGCGUCUGCGCCGUUGAACUCUAGCUGCCCGCGCGCUAUAAAGUUAAGGGCCGAGCCGAGGGCGAGCACUCCGCUUAGCUGAGGGACGGAAGCGGCGAGGGUUUCCCGCUCUUUCCAGCCCUCUUUUCCAGUUGCCUCCCUUUGGAGCCAUGGCGUGCGUGGAGAGAUGCCACUGCUGCGCGGGCAGCCGGCGGCAGAGCAGCAUCCUCUACAAUAUCCUGAAAAGCGAGGAGCAGCGGCAGCGGCAGGCGGGAAGCGAGCAGCCGCCGCCUCCACCGCCACAGCCGCCGCCGCCGCCUCCUCCUCCACCGCCUAGUCCGGGCGGGCACGCGGCGGGUCCCGGCUGCUCGUGCGGCUCGCAGAAGCGCGUGGCUCUGCAGAGCCCGCAGGUGGCGUGCAAGGCGGCUUCGGCGGUGCUGGUGAAAACGCUGCGCUUCGUCAAGAACGUGCCCUGCUUCCAGGAGCUGCCCCUGGACGAGCAGCUGGUGCUGGUGCGCAGCUGCUGGGCUCCGCUGCUCGUGCUGGGGCUGGCCCAGGACCGCGUGCACUUCGAGACGGUGGAGACCACGGAGCCCAGCAUGCUGCACAGGAUCUUGACCGACAAGCGGGCCGAAGAGGAGAGGCAGCAGCAGCAGCAGCAGCACCGGCCGCGGCGGCAGCAGCAGCACCACCAAGUCCUGCUGCUGCACAAGACCCAGGAGAAGCUGGCGGCGGCGACCUGUGGCAGCAGCAGCAGCAGCAGCAGCCCGAAGCUCCCGUCGGCAGGGGAGAUCCAAGCCAUCAAAGGCUUCCUGGGCAAGUGCUGGAGCCUGGACAUCAGCACCAAGGAGUACGCCUACCUCAAGGGGACGGUGCUCUUCAAUCCGGAUCUGCCUGGGCUGCACUGUGUACAGUACAUCCAGGGACUGCAGCAAGAAGCACAGCAAGCCCUAAAUGAACAUGUCAGAAUGAUUCACAGAGGGGAUCAGACUAGAUUUGCCAAACUGAAUGCGGCUCUGUCUAUGCUCAGAUCUAUUAAUGCUAAUGUUAUUGCCGAACUUUUCUUUAGGCCUAUCAUUGGAACAGUGAAUAUGGAUGACAUGCUGUUGGAGAUGCUUUGUGCAAAAUUAUGAAGCCAUGUGUGAAUUAUUAUAACUACAUAAUAGAGCAAUCCAACACGAAAUGUCCCACAACAGAGUAAAGUAUUGUAAAAUAAACUAACUUAUUGUUUUUACAUAGAUAGUAUUUUUGUAUUCAAUAAUAAAAUAUUAUUUGAGUGCUCUUAGCUUUUAUUAAAUACUCAUACCUUGAAAAGUUCCAGCAACAUAUUGCAGCCCUUAAAAAGAAAGUACUGUAUAAUCCAAUGCGUGUUACUUCUAAGUAAGCCCCAUUGUGUUUAGUGGAGCCUACUCUGGGCAAGUGUGCAUAGGAUUUAAACCACAAAGUGCAACCCUAUACAUGUUUACUUGAACUAAGUCCCACUAUAGUCAGUGGAACUUAUUCCCAGGUAAGUGUGCAUAGGAUUUCAGUUUAGUUUCCAAAGCAGAGUGAAUAUUCUUUGGUAUAUCUUCCACUGAAACUUAGACGAAUCUGUGUAUUGUGUUCAAAAUAGGAAGUCUCUUUUCUGUUAUGUCAUUUGUUGUUAUGAUCCUAUAUUCUUGGAACGCAUGCAAGACCAAAUAUGGUGUAAUGUUCUACCUUUUCAUAUUUAUCCUGGCCAGUUAUUUCAUUUUUUUUAAAUUUAAGGGACUUUGGAUAGACUUUAUUAUAUCAGGAAAGUUGGAAUCCCAAGAGCAGUGUUUGGAUCAGGUCAAUGGGUGAAGAAGAUUGUGUUAACUACACAAGUUAUUUUAAAGACAUACUGUUUGCAUUUAUGUAGACUGGAAAAAAGCCUGAUACGUAAGUGUUUGCUGCAAGAGAUUCAAUACCAUGUAUAUUUGAAGCUGGGACCAACUCUAUCCUGUAAACACAGUAAAUUGUAACAAAGUUGUAAGAAUUGUAAAUUAAUGCAAACAAUUUAUUUUUUUCUUGCAUGUUGUUUACAUAGGCUGAGUCAUUAAUCAUAAACUUGUGGACAAAAGCA